AUAAAUUCCUUGCGUGCUUUGUGCUUCAUACAUCUACAUACAUCCAUCAUCACUGAUGGACUAAGCGAAAAAAUUCCUGCAGAAACAUGCUACCAACCAUGUCCUCAUCAACAAAUUUCUCGUUUCUCGUAGCUUUAUCCCUGUUUUGUAUGGCUUUUGCUGCCGAAGAAACUGCAUGUCGCUUUGAUUACAUUUACCAGUUUGGUGAUUCACUUGCAGAUACAGGUAACCGGAUUCGUCAGGUUCGUGCAACUUCUGUUUUCAACAUUUCCAGUUUGCCUUAUGGUAUGACAUACUUCCAUAAGCCCACAGGUCGAUUCUCCAAUGGCCUUCUUGUGAUUGAUUUCAUUGCGAAAGCGCUUCAUCUCCCACUGCUCCAUCCAUACCUGGAAACAAAUGCUUCAUUUAGUCAUGGAGUCAACUUUGCAGUAGGUGGAAGCACAGCUCUUGUUAAUUCUUUUUUUGCUAAAAGAAAUAUUUCUGUACCCUCAACAAACAUUCCCCUUAGCCAGCAGGUGAAAUGGUUCAAGAAACAUCUUAGUUCAGUGUCAAAUAGUCGAUCUCAAAUCAAGAAAAGGUUAAAAAGAGCUCUGAUCAUGAUGGGAGAGAUAGGUGGGAAUGAUUUCAACUGUAUUUUCUCUCAAGACAAGUCCCUAAAGGAGAGCAGGGUGUAUGUGCCACCUGUUGUUAAAGCCAUAUGCAAUGCUGUAAGAGAAGUUAUUCAAUUUGGGGCUGUUCAUGUAGUAGUUCCAGGAAACUUCCCAGCUGGAUGCUUGCCUAAAGCUCUGGCUUCAUUUUCUAGUGCUGACCCUAAAGCUUAUGAUGAUUAUGGUUGUUUGACAGAAUCCAACAAGUUUGCUUUGCUCUUUAACAGAUAUCUUCAGAAAGCUCUAGCAUCCCUAAGACUUGAAUUUCCAAAUGCUGAUAUCCGUUAUUUUGACUACUACAAGGCCUUUGAAUAUGUUCUUCAAAAUGCUAGGUAUCUUGGUUUUGACCAAAGAUCACUGCUCAAAGCAUGUUGUGGAACUGGCGAGAAGUAUAACUUCAAUAGUACAAAGGUUUGUGGGUCACCAGGAGUAAAAGCUUGCCAUAACCCAGAAAAGUUUAUAAAUUGGGAUGGAGUGCAUCUAACACAAGCAACAUACCAUUAUAUUUCUGAACAUCUUAUUAGAGAUGUCUUGUCUGAAAUGAAGUGUCUGCCGUAACUGUUCAUGAGAAUUACAAUUAAAGCUUUGAUCUUAAUUUGAAUCUGUGGUUCUGCUUGCAUGUUGAGCUCAUUGGGUGGACAGAAGGAGAAUAUAUGUAUUCUUGUACUAGUAAGAAGACAAGGUUUUCUAUCAGCUAGGAUUCGUAAUGCAUGUGAAAUAACAUUCUUGUUAUUGUUUGUUAUCAGCAAUAAAGAAUAUGUAGGCCAUA